AUGAGAGGUGACCUCGGAUUGGGAGAUGUAAAGGCUGAUGAAGUUCCAGAAGAUACAGUCGCAGCUAUGGCCGAGUCAACUACUAUUCAAAUUUCUGAAGACGGUGGAAAUGAGUUUACAGAUGUCAUGGCUUCUCUGUUUGUUUUUGGACCAAACUUCCCCUGCAUUUUGUUUUUAAACUUAAAAAAAUUGAUUUCAACGGUUUUGGACCAAACCGCCCCUGCAUACUAUUUUUACCAUGGUCCAAGCCACCGUCGCUCUCCACCACCGAUUAUCCCUACAG